ACGUGCAGUCUAUUCUGAGUGAAUGUGGGUUCAUUUCCUCCGUGUGUUUCAGGGAAUGGCUUCACACGGACGAGGCCGCUCUGCUGGUGGUUCCGCCCCGCACGGAAAGGAGCGUCGAGGGACGACGUCGUCGCCGGCAAGGGAAACGAGUCGGGGAGUUGGAGGUGGGGAGGAAGAACGACGUGCUCAAAACUUGUGGUGCGACUACAGCAAACAUGUCUGGUAUUUGGACUGGGCGAGCCAGGACGGCUCCGACCCGUUGCAACCACCGUGCGGGCCGCUCUUGUUCGUCGCCGUUCACGCCGAUAGAACGCGUCUCGUAGGGUCCAUCCUCCUGUGGGUCGACGAUGGCGAAUACAAUUUCAAGUUUACGUUGAAGAAGCAUUACAGAAGUGAUGGUUUUGUCGACGGCAUUGCAAAGGGAUGCAAGGUUGCCGGGAAGAUGUUCGGCGGGUACGGUCGUUGUGCGAUGUCUUUGCCUCACUUUCUCCCGCUAGCGCCGGGGCACUACGAGGCCGUUCACGUCACAGACUUCCUCGAGGUCUGGGAGAAAUCUGGUACCUCUGUCAGUGCCGUGGACGUCGUACCUGGAACAUCAAUCAGUGGUCCUGUUGGUUUCGCGGGAGGAGAGUGCUCUGAAAGGGAGAUGGGAGGUCAGGGUGGCCUGCAAGCUACGCCUCCUGAUCAAGAGGUGGGCAUGUCAGACGACUCGGAGGACGACCAUCCGCGUGCUUCUUUGAAACCGGGCUUGCAUGUAUAUCGCCACCACGGUUUGCUUGGGAAGACGAUGCCACAUGGAGGCGGCGAUGGCGAACGGUUGCGACAGGGCUCAGAAUCGACGACUCCUCGUUGUCUGGUCGAAAGGAUCAGUUCGUUCGUUCGUGGCAUGUAGGUGGCCGAGGUUUCGCUUGGAGAUCGA